CCUUCUCUCCCCCUCACUGUGAUAAUACUGCGGGUGUCGCGGCGCGGGGAGAGACGGCGUUCCCAAACAGACGGCGCGCUCAGCGUCCAUAUUUCCUCCUGGUAGGAGAGUGAGAAAACACGCCACCGCGCUACAGCCCUGUGUUCCAAUACCACCUCAUCCGUAAAACUGCCACUUUGUUUAUUUAGUUCUGCGUGUGUGUGUGUUUCUUUAUCUUUUUAGAUUUUAUACGUAGUGUUUAGCAACCAACGGGAGUCCUUUUUGUGUUUUGAGUGUGACUACGGUACGAGCAUAAAGCACGGGUGUAUUGAAAACCAGUUUAGAGUGCACCCGCUUACCAACACAUUAGGGACUGGGACAUAAUGAAGGGCUUGAAUGGGUGAGAUUGUUGCGAGGAGCUGAAGCUCUGCGUCCAGUCGGUGACCGUUGACAUCCAUAUUCAACCGUCUCUUUAUGUGAAUGUGCUGUCGUGUUGUCGACUUGAAUACAAACGCAUCGUCCUGUUUCCAUUAUGUAGGGUUAAUGACACCUAGUGACAAGGCGCCGGAACUAUGAUGCUGAAAUUCUGUUUACAUGCAUGAGCUGUGGGUUUUCAAAGUUUCAACUUAAACUUUUGCAUAGCUUCCUUCAUUAACAUUGUUUUGGCCAAAUAAACGUUUUAUUUAUUUUUAUUUUCUCCAAACUUGGCAAAGCGCACACAAAAAGGCAGUCUUUCCACAGAAAAUAUUAGUGAGGGGAACAACUGGCAUUAGUUACAGUUUAAUGACUAAUGGAAACGUCAAAUAAUGGCCUGAGCCGAACAAGCCCUGGUUUUUAGGAACAAAAGCAACCUUCCCCAGCGUGUAAUCCUGCAGCUUAGAGAGCCAGCCGCUUGGCUAACGCUAAUGCUAGGCAGAUAAUGCUAACACAAAGCUACGCACAAGGGUGGCUAACAAGCGGCUGUUAGUCCGCCCCUCUCUGUAUCUGUAUCCCACAUCCCUGUGCGGAAAUCACAUUAUGAGAACCUAGUUACCGAGUUAUAGCUAGUUAAUCACGCACAUACGGAUCAAAUAUGUUCUGGGUUGAAGGGUGCACCGGUUGAAUAAGUGACAGGGAUGUAUUAAGCAUCCUAGCAUGGGUUUAAUUGUUAUAAAACACGUGGCAAGUCAGGGGACUGAGAAGUCAGUCACGUCUUCUCUUGCUCCUGACUCCAAAUUUUGUGUGCUGGUAAAGUAAUGAUGGGGUUUGUUCCUUAAAAAACGGCAUCACAUAUACACAUAGAAUACAUUUGCGAGAGUAGAACUGCGUUCGACAUGGUCUCCAUAUUAGGAGUUGGGCAAAUCAGUGUUCCACUGGAAGAUCCGAAGUAGAGAUAAAAACAUUUCUCCAUGGAAGGAGUCUGGGGGAUUCUAAAGUCUGGCUUCCUCUACCAGACAGACGUCCAACACAAAGAAUCAAUUUAUCUGAGGUAUUUGGCGAGGACGCUCGCACACAGAAGCCCAUCUUUCCCACCUUGCCUCGCUGUAUUUAUGCGUUUCCAAUCCAUCCGAUGCAGGACAAGAUUACGUUGUUAAAUCUCAACUGACAGCACCCAAGCUAAUCCUGUUGUCCCCAGUGCCUAAAGAAACCCGUGUCUGAUUUCUCCCCGCCUUCCCUUGUAAUGUGACCAUUUUCUUUUUUGUUUCUCCAUUUAGACCCACUCCCCUAUUGGAAGAGACAACCGAGAAACGAGUUGGGCCUACGAGAAACCACAGGCACAUCCUCAUCUACUGAACAGAGGACCCCUUUAAUGGCUUUCCGGUAGCGCCUCCACCUCAUCAAGAUGAACACGCUACCCUCCAUGGACCGACACAUCCAGCAGACCAAUGACAGGCUGCUGUGCAUCAAACAGCACUUACAGAACCCGGCCAACUUCCAGACAGCCGCCACAGAGCUGUUGGACUGGUGCGGGGAUCCCCGGGCCUUCCAGAGGCCCUUUGAGCAAAGCCUCAUGGGCUGCCUGACGGUGGUGAGUCGGGUGGCCGCCCAGCAGGGCUACGACCUGGACCUGGGCUACCGGUUGCUAGCGGUGUGCGCCGCCAACAGAGACAAAUUCACCCCAAAGUCCGCAGCCCUGCUGUCGUCGUGGUGCGAGGAGCUGGGUCGCCUCCUCCUGCUGCGGCACCAGAAGAACCGUCAGAACGAGCCCCAGGGGCCCCAUAAAGGGCCCCUGCAUCCCCAGCCCAGCAUGAACAGCAUGAAGCCGGGCCUCACGCACAGCGAUGGGUCCUUUCCCUACGACUCGGGCCCCUGGCAACAGAACACAAACCAGGCCCCCGGCUCGGUCUCCGUCGUCACCACAGUGUGGGGUGUGACCAACACGUCGCAGAGUCAGGUGCUGGCCAACCACAUGGCGAACAGCAACAACCCCAUGAACCAGGGGGGCAACCCCAUGAACGCCGGCAUGGGGGGCAGCGGGCCGGGGCUCAACCCGCAGCAGUUCAGCGCUCAGCAGCAGCAGCAGUUCGCUGCCAAGGGGGGCCCCAAUCAGCAGUACAUGCAGCAGGGCAUGUACGGCCGGCCGGGGUACCCUGGGGGGCCCGGGGGAUACGGCCAAGGUUACCCGGGGGGCCCCAACGGCGGUCCGGGCGGGAUGGGCAUGGUCCCUCACUCGCGCUCACCGGGCGACUUCACCCAACCGGCCGCUGCUGCCGCCGCCGCCGCCGUCGCCGCCGCUGCCGCCACGGCAACGGCCACAGCGACGGCCACUGUGGCCGCUCUUCAGGAGAGCCACAACAAGGACAUGAACCAGUAUGGCCAGAUGUGCUCCUCAUUUCAGAUGGGCCCUCAGCAGUCCUACAACAGCCAGUUCAUGAGCCCGCGAGGCCCUCCCGGAGGCAUGAAUCCGGCCAACAUGGGGUCGCCCAUGAACCCCAACAUGAACGGCCCCCCCAUGGGCAUGAACCAAACUCGAGCCCCAGGCAUGAGUCCCUUCGGCCCUCACGGCCAACGGAUGCCCCAGCAAGGCUACCCCGGAGGGCCCAGGCCGGGCAUGCAGAUGCAGGGCAUGAAGAGAGCGUAUCCUGGAGAGGCCAGCUACGGAGGUCAACAGUACGGGCCCAACGGUCAGUUCCCUCCUCAGCAAGGCCAGUACCCCCCGUCCAACGCCUCCAGACCCCUGCCCUCUCCCAACUACCCCGGCCAGAGGAUGCCAGGGCAGCCGGGCCAGGGACAGUACCCCCCCGGGAUGCCCAUGGGCCAGUACUACAAGCAAGAGCAAUUCAACGGUCAAAGUCCUAACUUCCCUGGAGGCGGAUUCUCUUACAGCCAAGGCAACGGGCCCUCGCGACCGGGCAACUACCCCCACUCCCCUGUCCCGGGUAACCCAACACCGCCCAUGACCCCGGGAAGUACCAUCCCCCCUUACCUGUCCCCCAACCCGGACGUCAAGCCCCAGUUCCCCCCCGACAUGAAACCAAAUAUGACAGCAUUACCUGCUCCGCCUGGCAACCCCAACGAGGAGCUGCGGCUGACCUUCCCAGUGAGGGACGGGGUGGUGCUGGAGCCCUUCAGGCUGGAGCACAACCUGGCCGUCAGCAACCACGUCUUCCACCUGCGGCCCUCCGUGCACCAGACACUCAUGUGGAGGUCGGACCUGGAACUGCAGUUCAAGUGCUACCACCACGAGGACCGGCAGAUGAACACCAACUGGCCGGCGUCCGUACAGGUCAGCGUCAACGCCACGCCCCUCACCAUCGAGAGGGGCGACAACAAGACUUCCCACAAGCCCUUGCACUUGAAGCAUGUCUGUCAGCCUGGGAGGAACACCAUCCAGAUCACGGUCACCGCCUGUUGCUGUUCCCACCUGUUUGUGCUGCAACUGGUCCACAGACCAUCUGUGCGCUCAGUCCUCCAGGGUCUGUUGAAGAAGAGGCUUCUACCGGCAGAACAUUGCAUCACCAAAAUUAAGAGGAACUUCAGCAGUGUCGCUGCCUCUGCAGGCAACGCCACCCUGAACGGGGAAGACGGCGUGGAGCAGACAGCCAUUAAAGUCUCCCUCAAAUGCCCCGUCACCUUCAGACGCAUCCAGCUGCCGGCGCGCGGACACGACUGCAAACACGUCCAGUGUUUUGAUUUGGAGUCCUACCUGCAGCUCAACUGUGAGAGAGGAACGUGGAGGUGUCCUGUAUGCAAUAAAACGGCGUUGUUGGAAGGCCUGGAGGUGGAUCAGUACAUGUGGGGUAUCCUGAACGCCAUCCAGAAUUCUGAAUUUGAGGAGGUCACCAUCGACCCCACCUGCAGCUGGAGACCGGUGCCCAUCAAGUCGGAGCUGCACAUCAAGGAGGACCCCGACGGGCCCCUGGCCAAACGCUUCAAGACCAUGAGCCCCAGCCAGAUGACCAUGCCCAACGUGGUGGAGAUGAUCGCCCAGCUGGGGCCUGGUUCCGGACCGGGUCCCGGCUCUGGACCCGGGUCUGGUGUAGGCCUCGGACAUGGUGGUCCCGGUUCUGGUCCGAGCCCCUACCAGUCUCAUCCUGGUCCACAUGGCGGGGGAGACUACGCUGGACCAGGCAACGGUUUCCACGGUCACGGGAACUUUGACUUCCCCCACGGUAAUCCCUCAGGUGGGGGAGGUGGAGGAGGACCGGGUACAGGAGGAGGGGGAGGGGGAGGCCCCCCUAUGAGUGACUUCAUGCAUGCCCCCCAGCUCUCCCAUCCCCCGGACGCCCCUGGUGGUCUGAUGUCCCAGGACAAGCCCCUCAACCAUGGGAUGUCCGACUCACCUCGAUCUCACUUUUCCUCUCUCUCACCUCACCUUCAGAUGUCCCAUCCCGACCACUCCCACAAUGCCAUUCAGCAGGGCAUGCACAUGUCUCCGCACCACGUGCACCAAUCGGGGCAGUCGUUGCAUCACGGCGGCCAAUCGGGGCAGUCGUUGCAUCAUGGCGGCCAAUCGGGGCAGCCGCCUCGCCAGUCGUCGCAGCCCCAGUCCCAGCAUAGCGGGCCUCAGCAGCAGCAGAACAGUCACCCCCACAGCGAUCUGAAUUUUAACCCCUCUUCGGAUGGGCCAAUGGGGCAGGGAGCCCAGGACAUGCCCGAGCCCUCCCUGGAUCUGCUUCCAGAGCUGGCCAACCCUGACGAGUUGCUCUCCUACUUGGACCCUCCUGACCUUCCGACCAAUAGCAAUGAUGAUCUCCUGUCCCUCUUUGAGAACAACUAGCCCCAACGACUAUACCUUUUCCCCAUUGAAACCGUCCCCCACACAGGGUGUCAUGACGGUUGCGCGAAAAGUGUGUGUGUGUGUGUGUGUGUGUGUGUGUGGGUGUUUUCUGUCAAUAGACACUCCGACUAACCUCUGACCUCACACGGGUCGGACAGCUCCCUAUGCAUGCGAAUGCGCAUAUAAACACACACACACGCACACAAACUUGACUGUCGUCUUUGCAAACGGAUGUGUUUGAUAGGAACUUGUCUCACGCAAAGAUCUUCGUCGGGAAGUGUGUGGGAAUCGAUAAGAAGCCCCCCCCCCCGCCCUCCUCCUCCUCACCUUUUCAGUGUAAAGACCCCCAACCCACAUCUCCAAUGCUUCUGAUUUUUAAACAACACCCACACCACGGCCAUGUUGGCUGGCACUAAAAUUGAUAUUAUAUAUCCAUAUAUGAUAUCUAUAUUGACUAUUUGAUGACUACAAACUGUGCAGAUAUAAUCAUUUCAUUUGUAAACAACACAGAGGAGAACCCUUUGGAAAUAGGAAGGAAAAAAAAAGUGUUGUAGCUUUUUAAUUAUGAAUUUCCUUUUUGUGAAAGAGUGAAAAUGAAAGAAGUGAAAGAAAAAAAAAGAUUUUAAAGAAUUACAGGAGAAACAUUGUUUUUAUCCUAUCUGAAACGAGUUCUUCCAAGACGUUGGCACAGGCCGUGACCUUUGAACCCUGACUUCCUGGGAGGGGUUUGUGACGCUUUGUCACGGACAUCUCCUUGCUAACUGGACCUCAACACAGGACCUCUUCACACUCACAGCACUAGAAAGAUAAGCUAAAAUGUCCUCUGGUGUCAACACAGAAGCACGCUGUCCCAAGGUACAGUUUUUGCAGUCUAACAGGUGUGUACGCAAAGAAUUUGUAUGCGUGUGUGUGUAGGGAUGUGUGUGUACAAAUGCAUGUGUUUGUGUGCGCCCACCUGUGUGCGUAUAUGAGCGGAUGUGUGUGUACAAAUGCAUCUGUUUUUGUGUGUCUGUUUAUGGAUGCAUGAAUUUUGGGUGCGCACCUGAUUGUGUGUGUUUGUGUACAGAUGUGUGUAUGAUUGCAAAUGUUUGUAUAGAUGUGCGUGUGUGUGUGUGUGUGUGUGUGUGUGUGUGUGUAUGAAGGCAUGUGUGUGUACAGAUGUGUGCGUGUGUGUGUGUACGAUUGAAUGUGUUUGUAUGAGUGUAUGUGUCCGUGUGCUUGCGUGCGUGCGUGUGUGCGUGUUUGUUUGUGUGUGUGUGUGUGCAUACCUGUGUAUGUGUUUGUGUGCACUUUAGUUUCCUUAGGUGCGUAUGUGAAUUUCAGCAGGCAAAGAAAACAGAAUUGGAAAAAUAAAAGGGAAAUCAUACAAAGAUGGACGUGACAACAAAAUCCACUCUAAUGGGUCUGGUCUUAGUGCAUUAGUCCCUUCUGGUCCGGCCCCUGUAUCUUUAGUUUUGUUGUUGAUAUUUAUUGUGAUGUUUUGUCGUCCCCUCAUUAAAUUGAGUCCCCCACUUUGUUCUAAAGUGCACGUGUGCCAACAGUUCCCUGCUUUUUGUCUCUUUGUACUAAACAUGCUUCAUCCUUUCUUGGUCCUCUUAUCUUCUUAUGUACCCUUCAUAUUUAUAACUUCCACCUCAAUCUCUGUUUCCAUUUUUUUUCUCAUGUCCCAUAUCACACACUUCAAUGUAUUAAGAUACACAGCCCUAAAAGUUAUGCAGUGCUUUUUAAAUUUAGGUUCAGCCUGGAUCGUGUUUGUUUACGUUAUCGUUAUAAGUACAGAUUGUGCAGUUACAACAUCCUGCUAACAUUACGUUUGGUCCGUGCAAACUCUUGAUAACAAGAGGAAUAAAUUACGAAAGGACGCAAUUAUGUGAAAUUGCUUUGGCAUUGAUCUAUCUGCGAUUGCACUCCCUGGCGCACCCACACUUGCAAGAGGGAGUAUUCACUGUAAUCCUUCCACAGCAUCCAUACAAUCAGAUGGAGAGCUUCAGUUCAGUUGGGUUGAAGAGUUUUUGCGUUUCUCUGUUGUGGCUCAAUCUCAGCCUCGAGGGUCAUUGCUGAAAUCUAUAAUGCAUGUAAUUUACUGUAUUUCAUUUAUGUUAAUUUGGAGUGGCAGAUAGUGUCAUGGCCGUCGUUAUUAUUUGAUUUUGUUCGCUGGAUAAUCAACACCUUGGCCACAGAGCCACUGCUUCAGAGCUUCAUGCCUGAAUGCCUCAUUGUUCGUUUUCAUUUUCUUUAAUUUUUUACAAAUGUCUCCUAUUUAAGUUGAAUUCAUAACGCUCUCAUGUUACUGCCACGCUACAUUCUUCCUUUUUAUGAAGGAAUUAACCCAAUUGCGUAACUCUUUUUUUACUUAUCUGUUGCAAAAAAAAUCCAUUUCAUAUAAAAUACUGCCCUGUGAAUUAUUUGUGAUUGUAGCAAAUAAUUAAUGUAAUAUUUUUUACAUGGCUAGUACAAAAAUGUAAAUUUCUCAAGAAAGACAGACUCGCACACGCAAAAACACACACACAGAUACAAAUACACACAAAAAGAACUUGAUGGAAAGCGCAUUAUUGUAAUAAUUAAAUCACCUUUACAAACAUACUUUCACUGUCCAUGCCAGCAGAUAUCCCCCUUGUUUCUGUUUAAUUUCCACUGUGACAAUGCAUCAGUUCAAAUAAUUUGUGGACACAUCAAGCAGGACAAAGUAUGAAUUACUUAUAAAAAAUAUUUUUUUUACUUGCUUGUGUUUUAUGUUUGUUUUCAUCAUACUUAUAUGUCCAAAAUAGCCUGUACAUUUGUUUGAUAUUGAAACAAAUAAUCGUGUGUAUUUUAAGUGAGAAUAUACAGAAUAUUCUGUAAUUUCUUGGCCGGGGAUGAGCUUUUUGAUACUUGUGGAGGGAAAAGUGUGAGGAUUGUUUGUAUUUGUAUCACAUUUUAUAUUGUUUUAACUUUAAAUUAUUAUUUUGUCGAGUGUUUUCUUUUUUGUUUCAAUGAUUGAUUUAAUUUGGUAUGAAUGUAUGCAGUAAAGGAAAUUUAAAUAUUUCUUGUUGACUAGCUUAUCUCAAAAUGGAUAUUUUACUCAUUUAAAUAACAGAACACAACAGUCAAUGUGUGUGUCCUCAGAGUUCGGCGUCUUUCAUGUUUCACAUAUCAUAGUUAAAUCAAUUUGAAUUGGUUUGUUUAUCUGUCUAUCUAUUUGUUUGCACUGCCACAUUUGAUAUAUUAUGAUUCCAUACACAGUGUAUCACAACUUCCAAUUCAACCCUCCACAGGAAAAAAAAUCUAAAAGAUUCAUUUUUGAUGCUCCCUGCCCAGUCACAAAUUGUACAGUUUGGUCUACGUCCUGAAUAUAGAAAACAAGAAAGACAAAAAAGAGAUAUAUUGUAAAAUGAAACAUAAGUCCGGAGAGUUCCCCUCCCUUCCCUCCUAUAUUCGAUCACAGGUUUGGAUGUAGCAAAAAAGAGGGGCGGUCGAUGUACAUAAUGUAAAUGACAAAUAGACACGUUAACGGAAAGUAUUCAUUUUCUCCAGGGGAGGGGGGAGGGGGAGUGUGCAUAGUGUAUCUAGAAUUUGUAAAGCUUGCAUUCUCCUGUCAGACAUUGCGAAUUGAGAGAAUGGAACCAUGUUUGAUGGCGUCUGUGCGGACCACUCUAACCACGCCUGUUCAUUUGUGUAAAAAACUUUAUGUGCCCCCCAAAAUGUUGCAGUGUCGGUGGAGAAGGGGGGCGGGAAACAACCUUUUUUUUCAGUUUGUGUAAUAGUGAACCUCCGUGUACUUCUCUAUUGCCUGUGUACUUUAUAAAGGUGCUACAAAACUAUUCAGAGCCUUUAAAGGUAUAAUUGGGACUCGGGAGACGUGGAGCCAUGAUGUUUGGCGCCUAGACCCAAAUCAAGUUUGUACAAAAUUUUGUCAAAUUUUUAUGCAAUUUGGCAAAAUUUGCUCGAAAAUGUACAAUCUGGAGCCAUUGACACGCACGGUGACAGUUUUCUCUUUUGGUUUUUGUACAUUCUGUGUACAAUUAUUUCAUAUUCUAAACUGGUCAGAUAAACAUAUUGUGAUUUUUAGUCUUGCAAAUCUGUAUGUAGUUAGACGAUGUGACAUCCUAAUAUUUAUCUAAUAAAUAUGUAUUCAGAUGAAACACAAUGUAUUCUGUGUCAGACAUCUACUCCUUUAGUCAUUGCAUCUUUCACAACCAACACUUUGACAAUUUGAUCAGGAUGCUGGUUGGAAUGAAGUACUAAUUGCAAGUUUCUACCAAUGGCUUAAGAAUUAGGCAACUAAUAUCGUUCAACUCUAACUAUUUACUAAUAGUCAAUAUCAUCAAACAUUUCAUGAUGCAAUUUUUUUGAUCAUAGAUUUAAUCAUAAUUUAAAAAAUAAAUAGAUUACUUGUGUUUUAAAUGUUAGCAGAAAGAAACGAGUGGUUUGAGUUCUGUUUAAUUGGAUUGAAGGGAUGUUUGGGUUUGGUUUGACCUCGCCCGUGUUGAUGCAGUUCUGUUCAGUGUCCUCUGGGUGUCGUUGAAACACCCUAAUUUUAUAUGAAUUCACUAAAUAUCUUCUGAUAUACUAUUAUAGUCGCAUCAUCAGACCCUACCUCGCUCUAUUUGCUAAACUAUUGCAGAACAAAUAACAUAAUUGACUGAACAUGUCAUCAACCAAAGUAGCCUUCUUAAAAAGUAGGUAGUCUAUAUAAAUAUA